AGUUGUCUACAGGGCGAUGCCGCGACAUGAACGCCGGCGAAUCGUUCAAAGUGCUCGUGCUGGGCGACUCGAACGUCGGCAAGACGUGUCUGAUGCACAGAUUCUGCGACGAGACCUACUACGACACGUACAUCUCCACCAUAGGAGUUGAUUACAAACAAAAGAUCAUACAACUAGACGACAAACCAAUCAAACUGCAAAUAUGGGAUACGGCUGGCCAAGAAAGAUUUCGUACCCUGACCACGGCCUACUACAGAGGAGCUAUGGGCAUACUGCUUGUUUAUGAUGUUACUAACCUAGAUUCGUUCGACCAUUUGACUUACUGGUUGAAAAACAUACAAGAGAAUGCUUCCCCGGACGUGAUUAAAGUGCUGGCCGGCAACAAAUGUGAUAACGAAUCCACGAGAGCCGUGGACAAGGCGGACGGCGAAAAAAUUGCAGAGUGUUACGAUAUGCCGUUCUUUGAAGUGUCGUGCAAAAUGGACGUAAACGUGGAAGAAGCGUUCCAAGCUUUAGCCAAAUUGAUCAAAGAACGUUCCAGAUACAACGGAGCGUUCGGUGUGAAAGAUGAAACGCCGGGAGAAAAAUGUUCACCCCUUUUUGAAAAAGCGUUUGCAGAAUCUUCGAAAAAAUGCAACUCGUGUUAAAAUCGUCCAUUUUAAUAUUUUAUUGUUCUUCGCUCUUUAUCGUACUUACUGUUUAGGUACCUAUUAAAAUCUGAAUUGUACCUUGUGAUAGGCGAUAAUACAGAUAAUCGUCUAGACAGGCGUAGGUAUUUAAUUAUUUUGUGACGUCGAUUGCACUAAUAUUAUUAAGAACUGAAAAAUAUUUUCGCUUAACUAUACUAUAAAAAUAAUUUCUAAUGACAAAGAGCUUGUCAAGCCAGUUUAAUAUUGCAUUGAUUUCUAUUUGAGUUGUUAUUGAACCAUUAGGUUUGUAUUUUAUUAAAUCAAAUUGCACGAAUAUGUAUACAUAAUUUGUACUGUUAAUUGGUGAAAAUAAUGUAAUUAUUUAUGCUAUUACAUGUAUGUUAUUUAUGUAUAUUA